UUGGAUCAGAAGUUGCAUAUUCUGCUGCACAAGCUACAGUGGCAACUCUUUCGAAGGCUUACAAAACAACUAAAAAUCAUCGAUCAUUCCCAAGAAACACAUCACUACAAGUCAAAGUUCAUUCUUCCAAAAGAGAGGAAAGGGUGGGUGAUGACUGGUGUUCGAGAAGCUUGGAAAGGUUACAAAACAAGAAUCAAGGGAAAGCAUUUUGAGAGAUAUAACAACAUUGAAGAUAUGCUGAAAAAUCGCCCUUUAGAUAUUCCAGAAGUUCAAUUUCAAAAGUUAAUUGCAUAUUGGAGUAUUCCUUCUGUUAAGGCUCUAUCUCGUUUAAAUUCUGAAAAUCGUAAAAAGCAACAACAUCAACAUCGAAUGGGACCUAUAAGUUUUGCAAGAGUGCGUAAUGAAAUGGAUAAACUUAAGAGCCACCAAGAAGCUAGAGACACUCCCGAGAAAGCAUUUACUGCAGUAUUUGGCAAAGAACAACCAGGAAGAGUUCGAUGUUAUGGGAGGACAAUCACAAAAACAUCUCUGCAGAAAGAACGGGAGAUUGCUAAAAUUAAGCAACAACAUGCAGAGACUAUAAGUUCAAUGAAAACUGAACUUCAUGAGACAAAAGAUAGAGUCCAAAGUUUGGAGGAUCUUGGGAAGCUUCUCUUGCAACAGAGUUCUCUUGGCACAAAUAUUGAUGAAGCACUAUCUUUAUUACGAGCCAAGGAAUCAACACAUGAUAUAAAUAGUAAGCAAUGUUCGAAUGGCAACGAUCGUCCUUCCUCAUCAACUCGUGAUCCAAAGUGAUGACCAGUUAUUGGACUCAGUGGAGGCAAGAGGAUUUUGAGUUCAUCAUACCAUUACUCUGAUGUUACCGAAAAGCUUUCAUUUGGCACUGAUUUUGGAUCCACACACUAUCAGAUUGUUCCAACAAAGUCAAGCAUAGAUAUAAAAUAUGCAAAUAGAUUGACAUUAUUUUGAUAAAUAUUAAUUACUAUUUUGUUAUGACAAUUAUUGUUAGACAAGAAUUUUAUUAUUUUGUUGAGAAUUAUUGAUGAACAUGUAUUAGAAAUACUAAUUGAACUUUUUAAUAUCUAUUUUAAUUAGAAUUUUAUUUUUA